CAGUGCGCUUACCCAAUCGCUGGGCCGCAGGGGGCGGGUGUAAAGACGACGUGUCCCGCCCACUGGCCGGUCUGCAGAGUCGCUGAAAAGCUACUGAGAGUCAGUUGUGUUCAAUAAAAAUGCACUCAGAUGCAGCAGACUUUCAGCUGAACUCCCAUCUGUCAACUCUGGCCAGCAUACACAAGAUCUACCACACUCUCAACAGACUGAACCUGACUGAGGACGUUAGCCAGGACACCCACUCCACAGCGUGCUGCUCCAGAGCUAUGCCGCCCAGGAAAAAGAGGAGACCAACAGCAGGAGACGAACUGUAUGUCAAAAAGAGUCGCCAUGAUGGUGUGUACAGGAAACAGGAAACAUCACGGGUCAAGAGCGACGAUGUCUUUUCCACUAAGAGAUGCCUUGAGUGGUUCUACGAGUAUGCAGGCUGUGAUGAUGUGGUUGGACCAGAGGGCAUGGAGAAGUUCUGUGAGGACAUCGGUGUGGAGCCCGAGAAUGUUGUGAUGCUGGUUCUGGCCUGGAAGCUGGAUGCCCAGAGCAUGGGCUACUUCACACUGCAGGAGUGGCUGAAAGGCAUGAGCGACCUGCAGUGCGACUCCACGGAGAAGUUGCGGAACUCCCUCGAUUACCUGAGGUCUGUGCUCAAUGAGGCCACCAACUUCAAGCUCAUCUACAGAUACGCCUUUGACUUUGCCAGGGAGAAAGACCAGCGGAGUCUAGACCUGAACACGGCCAGGUGCAUGCUGGGACUGCUCCUCGGGAAGACGUGGCCGCUCUUCCCAGUGUUCAACCACUUCCUGGAGCAAUCGAAGUACAAGGUUAUUAACAAGGACCAGUGGUGCAACGUGCUGGAGUUCAGCAGAACCAUCAGCCUGGACCUCAGCAACUAUGACGAGGAUGGCGCUUGUAAGUAUGGCAUGCACACGCACACCUCUCAUGAGAAUCCCUCAUGCGGCAUGCUACCCCUCCCCCACCAGGGCCGGUGCUGCUGGACGAGUUUGUCGAGUGGUACAAGGAGCGGCAGAUGUCGUAGCAGCCGAGGAGCGGACCUACAGCGGGAGAACAGGACAGACACACGGACGGAGAAGGACGGCCCUGCACACCUCACCCCAAAGCCCCCCACACACACGCACGCACACUCCCGUCCCUUGUCCUGCCAUGCAUUGUAGGUGUGGGACUCUCCUGUGCCCACUGUGACACAUGUACCGUGUUGUGUGCUUCUGUGUGACUUGCAGAUGGUCGGUUUGUUUGGAGGGGGAAGAACAGUUUUAAUGUCACUUUGUGGGUUUUUUUUUUUUUUUUUUUUAAAAAAAACCCAGAUUUCCACAGAAAUGAGGUAAAAAGGCUAUAACUCUGAGCUCUCUGCACCUGCUCCCUCAGUAUUUUUAGUCCCUCCAGUAUUUUCACAGAGCGAGAGCUUACUAACACACCAGGUCACUGUCUCGUUGGCUACAGGUGCGAUUGAAAGCCACCCAGGUGGGUGUGAGAUUGAGGCUUAAUCAAUCAAUGUGUCAUAUGGAGAGGGAGAGCAACCCCUUGAAGCUUGGUCUGGGAUGAAAUGCAUUCAACCCACAGACCUGCUGCAGGGAUCUGUGUCGUGACCUCAUUUUCUCCAACAAUUCUCGUACCCCAACAACUGCACAGUGGCCAGCAGGUGCUGGUUGGGUUUGUGUCCCUCUGGGAUCUUCGGCGUGUGUAGGCAUGGGUGACUCCUGCACCGCUGACACAGUAGGUAGGUCACGACCUGUGCACGACCCUCUCUGGCUGUUGACCUCUGACUGUUAGCAGGAUGGAGAUUUGCUGUGUUGUCUUUGGUCAAACUGGGUGGUAGAGAUCAGUCCCUGUGAUGAACUGAUUCCUGUUUCAGGAGGGGGCUGAGUUUGACUGGACAUGUGUGCAGUGGACGAGUUCUUCAGCACCGUGCCAAAGCCAGUACCCCCAUGGGUGCCAGUCUCCUCCCCAUCUCUUUCGCUCACACACACACUUGUAUGAAACUGGUGUUGGCACUGAGAUGACCUUGAGGUGGCUGCCAGCAGGAACCACGGCAUGGCCUUUCCCCGGACUGUGGACCACACGGUCAGUGGUCAUAAUCUGCUUUUAUUGAGUUACUGAGGUUGUCAGCAGAAGCAGGCAGCAGAACAGGCACAUGGGGUUGGACAGCAGUUCCUAGCGCUGCUUUCCAGGGACUCGUCGUGAUGCUCAUCAUACUGUGACCGUACGCUUCCUGCACUUCUCUGGGACUUUUUGGGAAGCCAUGUUUCUCAUCUUGUUCCGUUUUAUUUGUUCCCCUUUAAAUUAUGGAAAAUAUUAGUUUUCAUUUUUGCUUAGAGAAAUAUGAAUCUUACUGUACUGCUUGCAGGUGAAAAAAGAGCCAAAUUAAGGGAAUAUGUGUAAAAUUUACACCCUUUACAGGACCUGUACCUUGUAGUCGACGCGCAGUCCAAGUCAGUCCUGUGAUACAGCCUCAUCGGUCAGGAUGUUUGUUGGGUUACAGCCCAUCUUACCUAUGGGGUCUCCACAGCUGAGACAGAGAACUGCUGCUGCCGGGCAGCUGCAUAGUUUCUCGAGGGCGUUGGGGUGGAAAGGACUGAAAGACUGAAGCUUAGCAGAAGCCCUGAAGUUUCUGGUUGGUUACUCCCAGCAUGCAUUGCCACACUAUUUGAAACCUUUAACUGCCUCCAAUUUGCUCCUUGCACUCGCAGGUCCCAUUGUGUUCAGACUGUGGCUUGGAAAGUGAACGGUGUACAAGGUGUGUGUUUAUUCUGCUCAAGACCUACCUGGAGGGUGGGAGAACUUCUCUGUAUCAUGUGGAAACUUGCAUUAUGAGCUUUAUGGAAUACCCUGAUUUUCUGUUUUAAUGCUUUGAAAAUGAGAUGUGUGUAAACUGGUGCUCCUGAUGCACAGCAAACUCCCUGGCUUAGUGAUACUGACUCCAGGCCCCGAGGUGGAGGUAUUUGGCCCAGGUGCUCAUGGGAGUUGUAGUCCGGCGCUGCCUGCUAGCUAAGAGUGUGUGCUCUCGGCAGCACCACCUGUGCCAGACUGGACUAAACUUCCCCUUGAAUACAGGUGGUUGGGGGGGAGUCUUCCUCGGUGUUCCAAGCUCUGGGGGGGGGACGCCAGUGGGAUCCACAACCGCGUCUCAAAUCGGUCCUUGUCUGUCAGUGACUGUACGCUUAGCCUUGGUGAUAUCCCUCUUCUGACUGUGUCAACGUACGAAUGUGUCUGUUUCCUCUGUAACUAAUCUCCAGAUAAAAGUCUUUACCAAACAGAUGUCUUUUGUGGGUUUAUUAUUGUGUGGGCUGUUUGAAAUGUGCAUUUCAUUUGAUGCUUUGCUUUGCUUUUUAAAAUGUUUAGCUCCAUAUCAUU